GAGGCCACCUGCGCGCCCCCCAUGUCCACGGCGUCGCUGUGCCCGGAGCUGGACGUCGACCUGCUCGAGCGGGAGAUGUUCGCCAUCAUGGCCAACAACAGCGCGCUCGAGGCGACGCUGGCGCUCGGGCAGCGGGCCGACGACGGCGCCGGGCGCGCCGGCUCCCCGGAGUCGGGCGGCACAGGCGCGGCGGGCCCGGUGGGCGCGUGCUCCAGCGAGGACUGCCGCGCGCUGCGCGCGGGGCUGGAGGCGCAGCUGGCGGCCGCGGAGGCGCGGGCCGACGGCGUCGCCCAGGACUACGCGGCCAAGUUCCGGCAGACCGAGCAGGACUACACCGAGAAGUUCCGGCAAGUGAAGGACAUCUGCCAGCAGCUCGCCGGGCAGAUCAACCUCGCGGAGGAGCGCGCUGCGCGGGCCGAGCUGUGCGAGGUGCGCGCGCGGGAGGACUGCGAGGAGCUGCGGCGGCGGCUGGCCGCCGCGGGCUCCGGCGGCGGCGGCCCCGCGG